CUUAUUUCAAUACAUUCAAAAAGUUUCCAUUUAAGUAAAAUCUCCUUACAAAAAAAAAUAAUUCAAUGGCUUUCAAGAUUAUUAUUUUUUGCUUUAUGAUUGGAUUAUUGCCAAUAAUCACAAUGGCAACUGAGCAUUGGGUAGGAGGUGAAAAGGGCUGGGCUCUUGGUGUUGAUUAUCAAGCUUGGGCCAAGGACAAAGUUUUCAAAGUUGGAGACACUCUAGUUUUUAAAUAUACACAAGGGCAUCACAAUGUGUUCAAAGUGAACCAAACAGCUUUCCAAAAUUGCGUGGUCCCUCCACCAAGUGAAGCAUUAACUAGUGGCUAUGAUGCUAUUACAUUGGUUAAGCCUGGUAAAAAAUGGUAUAUUUGUGGUAUACCAACACAUUGCUCUGACCAUAAGCAAAAGCUUGUCAUCACCGUGGAGGGAGAAGCUCCGGCACCGGCACCCGUCGCUCCGGCACCGGCAUCUCCGAUGGAGUAUUGGGUAGGAGGUGAUAAGGGAUGGGCCAUUGAUGUUGAUUAUCAAGCUUGGGCUAAGGGCAAAACUUUCAAGGUUGGAGACAAAUUAGUCUUCAAGUAUACCAAAGGACAUCAUAAUGUGUUCAAAGUGAACCAAACAUCUUUCAAAGACUGCAUAAUCCCUCCACCAAGUGAAGGAUUAACUAGUGGCCAUGAUGUUAUUACAUUGGCUCAGCCUGGUAAAAAAUGGUACAUUUGUGGUUUUCCAACACACUGCUCUGACCAUAACCAAAAGCUUGCCAUCACCGUGGAAGGCGAAGCUCCCGUCCCUGCACCGACAACUACUGCUCCAGCACCGGCACCGGGGACUAAGGAUGAUUCAAACCAUUCAAACAGGGUUCCUAUGUCUGCAUACAAGAUUUUUGUUGGAGGUGUGGUCUUAAUUUGGACAAUUCUAACAUUAGUUUGAUCCAAAGUGAGUGACCUUCGGAAUGUUCACAUUUGUGUUAGUUUGAUCCAAAUUGAGUGUUACAUUUGUAUUGGAAUAAAUGAAUAAUUGGUUUGUCUUUUGGGGAAGGAUUUUUAUUUUGUGAGGGAUGGGAGGGUGCUAAUAAUGUUAUGCAAGUCUUUCAUGGACUUUUAACAAUAUUUCCUACAUGUAAGUGUAAUUGGAAUAGUAACUCUGAUUUCAUCA